AUGGCGCAAAACGCUUCUUCCCGACAAUCGCUAUCUUCCGCACCACAUCCCGCUCCCAUUCUACCUCCAUCCACCCCAGCAAAUUCGCGUCCAUCGCCCAAUAUUUCAACCCCAGCUUCAACACAACCACAAAAUCAAACGCCCACCAUGACAACUCCAAACAGUGAAGCGCGCAUGCAUCCUCCUAGUAUCCCACGAAGUUUGAUGACUCCAGCUAGAGAAUUAAGAGAAAGUUCCGUCGCGAGUAGUAUUGGAGGCGGAAGUGCGACGCGCAAACCCAGACAGAAUUUAGAUGAGCGCGAUCAAAUUCAAGCAUUGAAAGCUUGCAUCGCUCAAAAACACAAUUUCAAGGAGGGAACCAAGAGUCAAUUCUGGAAUGGAGUUAACGCACAAUUUCAUGAGUCUACUAACAAAGUUCUGGCGCAAAUGAGCGCGACUGUCGCAAGAUUGGUGGAAGCUCGUAGGAGACAAGUGUGCGAUUGGGAAAAUGGUGUUAUUCCUGAUAAGCCAGGCGGAGAAUUAAAUACGUUAUUGGAUGAAUGGAUUGAAUUUUUAAAGGUGGAAGAUUCGGACGCGGAGGCCGAAAGGCAACGACAGGUGGAUGCGAGAAGAAGGGUAGAGGAAUCAAGGAAAGAAGCCAGGAAACAAGUGAUUGCGCAGGAAAGCUCAAUGCAAAACCAAAGCCCAGGUGUGCGAAUUGUCGCGGGUCCAGCUCCCCCACAGCCAAUCGCAGAUAUGGGACAAAAUCAACCUCAACAUCCUCCUCCUCCUCCUCCUGGCCAAGAAAUGGUAUACCAAUCAGCCCCAAAUGGAGAGUUUGGCGAUGCGAACGGAUUUCGUCCUCACAAAAGAAGAAGAACUACGAAUAACGAACACCAUCUACCACCUCAAGCUCACCCAGAGCCAAUGGUUCCCUACGCCCCAGAGUAUCGACUCGCGCCUCCUCAUCCUCCAUCCCCACCUCGACGCGUCGUAGUAGAAGGCCAAUUGAGCAAAGAAGAUUGGCGCGAUAUCAUGGGCAAUGAUUCAAGACUACGAGCAUUAGAAAGCAAAGUCGAUAAAAUUGAAUUUAUCGUGUCACAAAAUAAUAAAUUGCUGUUGCAAUUAUUAGCAAACAAGUCAGAAGACAAGGACAAGGAGAGAGAAAGAGAUAAGAGGAAUGACUCCGAGGAUCAUGAUAGGGUACCCGUUCAUCUGGAUGCGGAAUUCGAGAGAGAUUAUUUAACGGGACGCUAUUCAAAAACUCCUUUACCAAUAAACGAUUAG